GUUCGACAAUUGAACGCACCAGAAGUUAUUCGAAUUAUUCAUUAAGAAUCGAAGUUAAUUGAAUUAUUCAGGAGGAAUAAUGAGUGAGUUAUCAUCAACAUCGAAGGAGAGUGCUGAACCUUCACUCAGUAAAAAAACGAAAAUUGAUGACAAUCCACCUGUCGCCUUAUCAAAACCUACGAGUGGUCUUACAAUUCUGGUCAAUCAGAAACAAAAAGGAAAUCCUCUCCUGAAAUACAUGAAGAAUUUACCCUGGGCAUACUCGGACAUCGUCCCAGAUUAUGUAAUGGGUCCUCGUGUCUGCGCCUUAUUUCUGUCCUUGAGGUACCACCAAUUAAAUCCCGACUACCUCCACGACCGCCUAAAACUUCUUGGGAGUGGUUAUCAGCUCAGAGUUCUGCUCGUUCAAAUUGACGUUGCCGAGCCGAAUCACUCACUGAAACACCUGACAAGAAUCUGUAUUCUAGCAGAUUUGACGUUGAUGCUGGCCUGGAGCGCCGAGGAAGCUGCGAAAAUGAUAGAAACGUACAAAUCCUUCGAGAAUAAACCACCUGAUAUGAUCAUGGAGCGUGCAGACGCCGAUCCACACCAGCAAGUCAUGAAUGCACUGACUACAAUCAGAUCCAUCAAUAAAACCGAUGCCAUGACAUUGAUGACGGUUUUUGGUUCAUUGGCGGCUAUCGUGAAGGCCUCACCAACAGCCCUUUCCCUGUGUCCUGGGAUCGGGCCCCAGAAAGCCCAGAGGCUUCACAAAGUUUUACACGAAAAAUUUAUUCGCGAGGACUCAUCGAAGGACAAGCCAGGGCCUUCUAAUAUUCAGGCAGGGUCCUCUGGCGAACAGGAAGAUCCCUCUAAUCCUCAGCCUGGACCCUCUAGUCCUAAGCCUGGACCCUCCAGCCCUCAGCCUGGACCCUCCAGCCCUCAGCCAGGGCCAUCAACAGCUUGAAACCCAUCCAAAAAGUAUUAUAAUAAAAAAAAAAUAUUAAUAAUUAUUAUUAAUAAUUGAAUA